CGCAACCCUCGCUCCUUCAAAUACCUGACAUCCAUAAUCCUGUCCAACGACACGGGAGUGAGUGACAGCAUCGUUCGUUAGCACCUAUCCAACGACCAAGAGCGAGACGAAAGUGAGCUCCACUUGCUACCCACUUGGAAAUGGCGGGCAAGGUCGUCGCCGGGAAGACCAGUGCUGCUCAGCCGAAGAGCGUGGGGCGGCGGCUGUGGCGCCUGGCGCGCACCGUCGUCUACCUUCUGCGCCGCGGCGUGCUGUCGUCCGGGCACAAGCUCUCCAUGGACCUCCACCGCAGCAGGGACGCCAGCAAGGCCCUCGGCGGCUUCGUCAACUUCCACCGCCGCGCCGCGGCUCGCUCCCGCUCCUCCUCUCUCGCGGCCAAGUGCCGUGACGACGAAAACGCCGGCUAUCACCACAGCUACGACGCGGCCGACAUCGCCAGGGUGUUCGACAUGCUCAACGACGGCGGGCGGCACCUCUUCGACGACGAGGACGGGCUCGCGGUGGCCACGCCUUCUCCCGCCGCGUGGGCGUCGCCGGCGGCCUUCGGGCGCAUCACCGCGGGCUCGCCGUUCACGGCGAGCGAGCACCAGCAGGUGGACAGGAAAGCCGACGAGUUCAUCAGGAGGUUCUACCAGCAGCUGCGCGCCCAGAAGAGCGUCUCCAACACGCCGGAAAACUACGGCCGCGUCCCAAGGCCCGUCGCCGCUUGAUGUUAGAGUUACUGCCGGACUGCUCGAGGCGGCCGACGGUCGCCCGGCAGCGGGAGCACGACGUUGCCAUGUCUUCGUCUUCAGAAAAUAUAUAUCAUCCACAUCCUCUGUAAACGUACUCCAACAUGUGCAAUUUCAAUUUGAAUUGUGGUGGUACACUUGUACUCCUAUUGCUGUAUCGCUUUGGCAAUCUGUCGUUCGGGGACAGUCAGGGUCUCAGGGAUGGAUAAAAAUGGCGAAGUUAUCAUUCACCAAACCGUCCCACCUGAUGGCAAUUGGUGUAUACUUUGUUUUUGAUAUAACUUACCACUCAUGUCAAGUGGCGUGGCAAUUGGUGUA